CGAUCGACCAAGAAUAUAUAUUAACCCGUUCGCUGAAGCCGCGACUGUAACCGCUGUGAUUUCCGUCUGAUGUUGUAAUUCGUUGUUGGUUGUGAAUUAUUUGUGAUAAAAAAAAAAAAUUCGUUCUAUUUCAAGAAUGCCUACGGAACUACCCGAUAUCGAAGAGAAGGCAAAGGCAUGGGCAUGGACCAUGUUCUUGAAGACUCGCUCCAAGGAUAACUCCAAGCUAAGAUACGAGGACGUGGCGCUGGCCGUUAACUGGGCUAAGGUCAGGUUCAUUUCCACAACACCAGAAUACUCUGAUGAGCGCAAGCUGGAUACACCAAACUCACAAGUUGUGUUCAGAUCCAAAUACGAAAACUGGACGAACCACGAUCAGGAGCAUUCCUUUCAGACCGAGAGAACCACGAUGUCCUACUCAUCUACCACCGUGUCCAAGGGUUUCACAAAGGGCUUCCACCUGGAGGUGAAACUCGGUCUGCCAGAAGAGGUAGCAGGCGCCACUGCUGGCUUCGGUCGGGACAUCACCAUGGAAACCACAGAAGAGGACUGUCACGAGAAGUCCAUGACAUGGUCCAUCAACAGCUCGAUCAAGGUUGCCCCUAAACACCGGACCAUUGCGGAACUGGUUGUGAAGGAGCAGGAGUUUACAGCGUCGUUCAAGAUGUUGGUGCAAGUGAAAGGUAUCGUGCACGUCGUCGUCACCAACCUGAAAGAAAAUAACUGCUUCGUGCAGGCGCUAGAGGGAGACUUCGCCGAGAUCAUGAAGCGAGACGCAAACGAAAACGGCAUCAGAAUUAACAACAGGACAGUGACCUUUGAGAUGGAAGGCAAGUGCCAGUUCAGGUAUGGCGUGGAGCAACACGUGCAGUUGUUCGAGGAGGUUCUAGAGUGAAAGGAAUCCGUUGCCAAUAGAGACCUGUGAUAUCUAAACAUGAGCAAACAGCUUUACUACAUGAUAUAGCCACUGGCCCUAGUUAUUAGACAGAGUAAAAUAUGACAGCUUUUUUCACCAUUAACUUAUACAUUACUUGAAAUGUAUUGCUUGUACGUGUGGGUAUAUAUAUAUAUAUAUAUAUAUAUAUAUAUAUAUAUAUAUAUAUAUAUUAUCAAGUUUAGCAAAUUCAAUGUGUUUCUGGUCAUCCUCAUCAAGUAGCUGAAAAUACAUUUUAUAUAAAAUACCUUCAAAACUAAGGUCAGCGGCUGUAACAACAAAGAAAACAUAUUAUAUUAUUUUUUAUGAGUAGAGAUCAUUAGCAAGUUAUUGGCUUCAAAAGUCCUAUUUGACUAAAUGUUCAUACUUAAAUUGUGAUAUUUAUUGACUUAAAUUGUGAUAUUUAUUGAAUAUGUUUGUCCAUAUAGAUCUUGAGUAGGACCACUAAAAAAAAACAAAAAAACAUUAAAAAUAUAAUUUGGAUGGGAGACAAGAAAAGAAGAUUUUGAUUAUGUAUCACAUCAUCUUGCACAGUAAUUAUGCUGAACCAGAGAUGUGCCCACCACUCUAAAUUACCACCGGCAGUUUCUAUCAAUUUAGGCUUUUUCGCUCUGCACUAAAAACUUACUUUACAAAUUAUAGGAAAGCUGAUACAAAUUCCCCAUAAUGCAGGUUGACCCAUGUGUUCACAAUAAGGCCUGUGCUACACCUUUAUUUGAGUAAUACGCAAGUUUAAAUCUGUUCUGCACCCAUUACCGCCUGCAACUUCCAGUAAUUGUUUUGAAAAAUAAAUUCAUUUAGUUUCAAUGACAAAAUCCUCACCAUUCGAGUGAUCACAAUUGACAACUCUUCACAAAGUGAAGUCAAAGGGAAAACGUUCAGAAUGUUGUGACUGCUAAAAUGCCACUCUCUAAGACAAUAAAUACUUGAUAUCAUUACAUGAGGACUGCCACUCUAAAGACUUCAUAAUAUUUAUAACUAUCAUGUACCAUAAAAAUAAGGAAUUCUGCUUAAGUAUCCACUUUCAUUAAUAAUCUCAUUGGUUUUUACUUAAUGCAGGUUCAACUGCCACUUAACAUAAAUUACCCAACAUAUAUGUAGAAUAGAAUGAAGAAUUAUGAGACCUAAAACAAAGAAGAUUGGUAGGAAUGAACUUGACAAUGUGUGAUACCGGUGACAGUUCCAGGAAUACAAUAUAUUGGUGCCAAUAUUAGACCAGUUUCAUAUAACAAGAAGCCCAAGUUACAGAAAUCAAAGGCGUAGGAAGGUGCCAAAAAAGGGGGGGGGGGGGGGGGGCACAUACAUAUAAUAUUAUAUAUGAACCAGUGCUGCUGCUACUGGAUCAAGAAAAAUGGGGGGGGGGGGGGGGGAGCAUAUGCUCCCCUUCCCAUCCCCGCCAGUGUUCAUGAUUAAUUUUUAUUAUCUUUGGUGUUAACAACAUUUGUUAUCUUUUAAUUUAUCAUUUACUAUGUCUAAAAGAACAUCUGGUAAAUGUUGUUAGAAAUAACCGAAUAACUGUUUUUUAAUUAAGUAAUGCCUAUAUUUGUCACAUGGAAUAUAACAUACUGGAACCUAGUGCAUAUACAGUCUACUUUUUUUUAUGAAGGACACCCUGUACGAAAACUGCGUCUCUAUAAAGAAAAUUCCAGGGAUAUCCAUUCUGUACAGUUUAUGCAUAUAAAAGAUGCCUUGCUGCUAAUGGAUAAAUGUAGCAGGUUUCCUCCAAGACUAAAAGUCAAGAAGUAGCAAAUGUCCGACAUCCAGUAGUCGAUUAAUAAAUCAGUGUGCCCCAUUGCCCUUAAACAGAACAAACAUUUUGUAUUUUAUUCUAAAUAUAACCUAUUUAUAAAGGCAAUAUUUUGGAGAUGCAGUGUACAGGUUUUGACUGUGGGUUCGCACACCCAGUCCCUAUUUCACUUUCAUAUGUUCACCCUAUCUUUGAGCACAAAGAAAAAAACUAUUUGGUCCAUUACUCUUCUGUAUUACUAAUCUACAUCUAUGAAAUUAUUUGUACUGUAAAUGAUAGCAAUUAUGGUGAAAUUUAUAUUUUGUAUUUCUAUAGAACUGCAGAAGCUAAUCUAUUUGUACAUUUUAAUAAACUCCUUAAAUGCAA